UCGACACCAGAACUGGUCACAGUAUUCCAGCAGUGGUCACACCUGGGCCAAAUACAGAGGUAAAAUAAUCUCUCAAUACCUGCUCAAGAUUCCCCUAAUUAUGCAUCCAAGAAUCACAUUAGCCCUUGUCGCCACAGCUUUGCACUGGAAGCUCACGUUCAUCUGAUUAUGCACCAUGACCCCCAAAUAUUUUUCAGAAUCACUGCUUCCCUGGAUAGAGUCCUCCAUCCUAUCCAAGGGUCAUCCCCAUGCUGUUGGGGGAAGACUUGGCCAAUCAUGUGAAGCUAGCCAAGAGGGUGGGAAUGGUCAACUGCAGCCAGGCUAAGCAAACCGUCCUGUCUAGCUCUGUUCUGGAAACUUCUACCAGGACCCGGUCAGAGGUGAUGGACCCAGACCCCAGGCCAAUGUCUGCAACAGCAGUAGUGGAUCCAGUCCCAGAGACCCAGACAGAGCCAGUCCCAGAACCAGAACCAGUGGAACAACAAGCACCCGACCCAUUGCCAGCACUAAAUCCAGUACUUGCAACCCCAACACCAGAGGGCCCCAGCAAACCUGAACCAACAGCAGCCAAUAACCCUACACCAGAGGCUCAGCCAGAGCCUGAACCCCAACAUAGUGCACCAGCGGAGAGCGGUUCACAGUCAACGGAAACAGCCCCAUCCCCUACAUCGCUUCCAGAGGGAACAAGCCUAGAUCCACAAUCCAAUGAGGAACUGAUGUCUCCAGCAUCAAGGGAACAGUUCCAGACUGAACAGAAAGCAGAUGAAAGCCUCCAGAGAGCUUUGACGGCGGCCCGGAGCAACCCCCCGCCUUUCAGCUCUUCUAGUCGAUCCAGGUUUGUUGUAGAAAGAGGACUUUUAUACAAGGAAACUCUUUCUGGUGGACACCAGGAAGACUGGCAUCAUCAGAGACAGUUGGUAGUUCCAACUAAGUACUGGGUAAAUCUCUUGAACUUAGCCCAUGAUCAUCCUAGUGGCCAUACUGGGGUGAACAGGACCAAAGACCAUUUGGGGAGGUCAUUCCACUGGGAGGGAAUGGACAAGGAUGUCUCUACCUAUGUCCGGUCUUGUGAGGUGUGCCAAAGAGUGGGAAAAUCCCAAGACCAGGUCAAAGCCCCUCUCCAGCCACUCCCCAUCAUUGAAGUUCCAUUUCCUGGGCAGAACACCUGGAACAUCUACAAAAGUCUUUGAGCGCAUAAGGGAGGCAGGACUGUUAAGGCUAAGAAGUGUCACAUAGGCCUAAACCGAGUGACUUGGACACCAGGUGGGUCAUGGAACUAUCAACCCCCUACAGGCCAAAGUGGAUGCUAUCCAAAAGUGGCCUCUCCCAAAGUCAAAGAAACAGGUCCAAUCCUUCUUUGGCUUGGCUGGAUAUUACAGGCGAUUUGUACUGCGAUACAGCCAAAUCACCGCCCCACUGACAGACCUAACCAAAAAGAAACAGCCAAAUGCCAUUCAGUGGACUGAAGAGUGUCAGAAGGCCUUUUACCAGCUUAAAGCGACACUCAUGUCUGACCCUGUACUAAGGGCCCCAGACUUUGACAAACCGUUCCUAGUAACCACAGAUGCGCCGAGCAUGGUGUGGGAGCAGUUUUAAUGCAGGAAGGACCGGAUCAAGAAUUCCACCCUGUCGUGUUUCUCAGCAAGAAGCUGUCUGAGAGGGAAAGCAACUGGUCAGUCAGUGAAAAAGAAUGUUACACAAUUGUCUACGCUCUGGAAAAGCUAUGCCCAUAUGUUUGGGGACGGCGUUUCCACCUGCAAACCGACCAUGCUGCGCUACAGUGGCUUCAUAUCAUCAUGGGAAAUAAUAAAAAACUGAUUUGGUGGAGUUUAGCUCUCCAAGAUUUUGAUUUCGACAUCCAACACAUCUCAGGAGCUUCUAACAAAGUGGCUGAUGCACUCUCCCAUGAAAGUUUCCCAGAAUCAACUGGUUAAAAUCGUCCUUAAGAUGUGGAAAAUAUUGUUAGUCUUUAUAUGCUUGGUAGUAUAUUUAGAGGAGCAUAUGUCUUAUUAACUCUGUUUUGUCCUAGAGCUCCAGGAAGAAAUCACAGCCAGCGUUUCACCCUAUCUGUGAUUUGGGGCGGGGGGCGUGUCAUAAAUAUAAAGGGAAGGGUAAACAUCUUUGAAAUCCCUCCUGGGCAGAGGAAAAACCCUUUCACCUGUAAAGGGUUAAGAAGCUAGGAUAACCUCGCUGGCACCUGACCAAAAUGACCAAUGAGGAGACAAGAUACUUUCAAAAGCUGGAGCGGGGGAGAAACAAAGGUUCUCUCUGUAUGUGUGAUGGUUUUGCCGGGAACAGAACAGGAAUGGAGUCUUAGAACUUAGUAAGUAAUCUAGCAAGAUAUGCGUUAGAUUCUGAUUUGUUUAAAUGGCUGAUAAAAUAAGCUGUGCUGAAUGGAAUGUAGAUUCCUGUUUUUGUGUCUUUUUGUAACUUAAGGUUUUGCCUGGAGGGAUUCUCUGUGUUUUGAAUCUGAUUAUCCUGUAAGGUAUUUACCAUCCUGAUUUUACAGAGGUGAUUCUUUUACUUUUUUCUUCAAUUAAAAUUCUUCUUUUAAGAA